UAUGAUUAUGUACCUAUGUAUUAUGUUCGUAAUGAAGCUGUCACUCAUCACCCGGGCUUUUCCAGCGCGCGCGCUUCGUGUAGUUUACUCCUCUCACGCUGUUUUACUCUCCUCCUCCUCCUCCUCUUCCUCCUCCUCCUCCUCCUCCUGCUGUCCAGUGCAUCCCAGCAUCCCUGCCGACACAACGACCGCACCGCCGGGCUAUUUUUCCUUCAACGCACAUUUAAACGCCACGCGGGAAUAUCGGGGUUUUUUCGUAAGAAUCGUCCGAGGGACUGUUUAUGCAAAUGGACUGAGCGCGUACGUGCGAAAACGAGCGCGCGCUGGCUGGAAUCGCGCGGCUUAAGCCACACGGGACGUCGCCUGAGCAUCGACGCAGCGCUGGCCGCGUUCGCACCCUCCGCCGUCUCUAUGGAAACCGAGUACCACCAGGCGUCUCUGGGCUCUCUGGUUUGCACCCAAGACGGAGAGCUGAUGGGCUGCCAGACCCCGGGCCCCGUGACGUACCAGCCGGGGGCCGCCGGGGUCGGGUCGGACUCCUUCCCGUGUCUGCGGCCCCUCGCUUUCCCCCAGCCGUCCGACGAGGAGCCGCGGCGCUCGGGAGAGGUCACCGUGAUGGUCAAGGAGAAAGCCGAGAGUGUCGAUAGGAUUUGUUCGUCCCCGAAUGAUGCUUGUGCCUCCAAACCCAUUCUCUCGUCUCCUCCUCGCCGGCAUCAUUCUCUCCCUCAUUCGCACCAUCCACAUGUGGGCCGCACCCGGAUGGGCAGCCGCUCCAGCUCCAUCGCCUACACGGCCUUCUCCCCUCGGCCCUCCAUUUCACGCCACUCUAGCAUCGCCACCAACCCCCCGAUGGACCGCUCCAAACCCAAAGACUACCUCAUCCUCGCCGUCAUCGCCUGCUUCUGCCCCGUCUGGCCAAUCAACAUCGUGGGAUUCGUUUACUCCAUCAUGUCGAGGAACAGUCUAGAGCAGGGGAACAUAGACGGAGCGAGACGACUGGGUCGCGUGGCCAAGCUGCUCUCUGUGGUCUCUCUGGUGGGAGGAGCCGUCAUCAUCGUCGCAUGCGCCGUGAAUCUGUCAAUUAAUGUCAAAUCCUGAGAGCGGCGAGCGUCCCACAGAGUCCAGCUUCACAUCAGACCACUGACCCGAACACCACGGCCCAUUUGUUUUGCCCCACUGCUGCUGUGACGGCGGUCGCAACGUAGAGAGCAUUCGAUAAUCGGAUGACUUUGCUCUCUGAGAGAACCCUUGGUAAUCUGCACCAACAUGCCAUCCCUCAAACAGACGGAGGAGGAUACUUCUCUCAAGUCUCACACAUCAAUGAGAAAAGAGUAUAAGAGUCUCACUCUUGCAUUCGUUUUCCUCGGCACUUUCUCUGAGGCCGUUGGAGUCUCUCACGCCUAAACUAUAACUCGCUAAAGACUAGCUUUGCUCUCGUUGAGGAGAACUCCAGAUAAAAGCAAAAGUAUUUUUCCUUCUCCAGAAGCAGAAAAAAAGCCAAACCAACAGACAGACGUGGGUUUGAAAGAUUAUUCCUCCCGGUGAGAAUCACACGCCAGUUGCUCUGGAGAUGGUCAAGUGGAUCUCCUCGGUCGUGAGAAAGCUCACGAACACUGGAGUCGUGAUCAUGUCCUUAUAUAAAGAGGCACACUUGAUUUACCGCGUCAAUAACAUUUGUUCGGUCUUAAAACCUCAGAGAACCAUUUAUGAAAAGAUAGGCUAGGAGUAAAGAGGAGAGAUAUCUUAGUAACAAGAAUAUCGUUUUUAUUUGUCCUGUCCACUCUACUUUUUGUUUUUUUAAAUGAGGGGAAAAACUAUUUAUUUUCUGACAUCGGAAAUGACAUUCUUUGGUUUGCAACUUUACUCGAAUGACAAUCGAAUCCUUCUUUUCUUCAUUUGUCUUUUUCUCUAGAAGGUUUGACUGUUCUCAGACGCGACGUGUAAUUGUGCUCACGCAAAAUGUAGCUGACAACCCCGGGCAACCAAAAUACUUCAACCCCCGAAAAUAAUCCACACCCUUUUUUGAUGAAGCAAUAUGCAAGCACUCGCGGGCAAAAUGGAUUUUCAUCACAUAGUAACGGUGUUUCUGAAAAUAAUCUUUAUAGAAAAAACACACUGUGUCUGCUGCAAACCUUUGUAUUGAACUGUGUCGUUGGGUUAUUUAUAUACACUGUGUAAUCUGAAAUAUCCGUAGCUAAAUGUAGCUGAAUCACAACCGACUCUCGCAAUAUUGUAUUAAUUAGACGUUGUGUUGAUGAACCCAUCCUGUAGAUCCAAAUGGGACAACUGACUGAUCAGUCCGAUCCGGAGGCGAUUACUUCUGUGGGUUUUGCGUUGUGUGUAAAGAGGAAGAGUAAGAUGAUGAGGUUUCGGGACAUUGGGUUUGUAACGAGGGCCAUUGAUGUAAUCGUUCUCUGGUUGGGAACGAAUGUAGCUUUGUGCAUUUCACUUCUGUUUAGAUUCAGUGGUACUGCAUAUGCUAUACUAGAUCAUUUGUGAAACGUGAUGAUUAUAUUUAUGCUAGGUCCAGUUGGUUAAAUCCAUGCAUUUGUAUCUUUUUUUUAACGGUUUAUAAUACAUCCCUUUAUUUUUCCUACAAACCUUUUUGGCACAAAGGAAAUACAUGAAUACAUUUUUGUCGCCGUCCACCCUGAUAGAGUGAUAAAGAGUUGAAAUUUCUGAAAUAUUUAGCUAUUACAAACAUUGUGUACUUAUUUUUGCAUGCACCCUUCUUCUAACAAAUAUUUUGAUAGUCUUGUAAGAAGCACUCUUUCUCUCUAUGUAUUCUCCAUGGGAAACAAUAAAGCAUUAAAAGGAUGAAAA